AUGUCGUCUCCACCAUGGGACUACAUCGCUAAACUCGUCUGCAUCGGCGACUCGGGCUGCGGCAAGUCCAGCCUCACCAUCCGCCUCUGCGAGGGCCGCUUCUCCCCCCACCACGACGUGACCAUCGGCGUCGAGUUCGGCUCCCGCAUCGUCCCCGUCGGGCCCCCCAAGAACCAACCCGCGCCCCGUCCGCCGCCCGCCCAGCGCCCGGCCUCCCAGAGGACGAACGACUCUUCGACCUCCUCCGCCGCCGCAGCUGCCUCCCCGAACGGCCUCCCCGAACCCCCGCGCCUCGCCCCGGAGCCCGUCGACCCGGACGCCCCCCAGAAGCACAUGAAGCUCAGCCUGUGGGACACGGCCGGCCAGGAGACGUACAAGUCCGUCACCCGCUCCUACUUUCGCGGCGCCAGCGGCGCCCUCCUCGUCUUCGACCUCUCCCGCAAGCAGACCUUCCAGCACGUCACCGACUGGCUCAACGACCUGCGCCAGAUCGCCGAGCCCGACAUCGUCGUCAUCCUCGUCGGCAACAAGGCGGACCUGACCCAGGAGGCCGACAACAAGCGCGAGGUCACCCGCGAGGAGGCCGAGGACUGGGCCCGCAAGAACGGCGUCCUCGAGUACGUCGAGACGAGCGCCAAGAGCGGCGAGAACGUCGAGAAGGCCUUCAUGAGGGUCGCCGAGAGGAUAUACAACAACAUCCAGGCCGGCAAGUACGACCUCAACGACCGCCGCUCCGGCGUCAAGGGGCCGGCCGCCGGCGGGAACAAGCAAGUCAGGUUAGGCGGCGACGGAAACAAGGGAUCGGGUGGCGGCUGUUGUUAG